GUAACUUACACUAAAUGUUGGUUGUAAUUGCAACACAGUCUAUUGGCAAAACUUCUCUUGUGUAACUUCAGAAGGUAUAUAUUUUUUUAUAAUUUAAUUACUUUAUCUGUCUAUAGAAGUGUGUAUGUUAAUUGGAAGUUUUUUUUCAUGCUAAUUCUUUACAGGGGUUUACUUGUAUUUCCAAUUAAGUAUUUUAGUGUUAAAGGAGUCUGUAAAGAAAGUAUUUGAAAACAUUAUCUGUUUUUUGAUGGCAUGCAACUCUGUGUAAACUUGAGAAACUGUGGUUUAGAGAAAAAAAAAAGCAGAAUUAGAGUACGGCCCACAGCAGACGUCCUUCAUCUCAGGGAUAACAGACUCACGGCAGGACUUUACAUUUAUUCCUUUCUAAACUGCUAAAGAAAAUGUUUCACUCGUUUGUUUUUCGCUGUUUGUGCUUUUGGCAGCUGGUCGGUGUGUUUGCUGAUUCAGGGACAGUGAAGUCAGUAUCAGUGAUGGAGGGAGAUUCAGUCACUCUACAAUCUGGUCUUACUCAAAUACAGGAAAAUGAUUUGAUAUACUGGUAUUCUGAAGAUUCAGGGAUUCUAAUAGCUCACAUUAAUAAAGAAGCUGGACACUUCAACAUCUUAAACAGACUGGAGCUGGAUCAUCAGACUGGGUCUCUGACCAUCAUGAACAUCAACAUUAAAAACUCUGGACUGUAUAAUGUAACCAUCAGAAGAAACUAUUUCAUCAAUCACCGAUUCAAUGUCACAGUCUAUGCUCGUCUUCCUGUUCCUGUCAUCAGCAGAGACUCUUCACAGUGUUCAUCAUCAUGUUGUUCAUUGUUGUGUUCGGUGGUGAACGUGGGUCACGUGGCUCUCUCCUGGUACAAAGGAAACAGUUUAUUGUCCAACAUCAGUGUGUCUGAUCUCAGCAUCAGUCUCUCUCUACCUCUGGAGGUGGAAUAUCAGGAUAAAAACACCUACAGCUGUGUGAUCAACAACCCCAUCAGAAACCAGACCACACAUCUGAACAUCAGUGAAGUUUGUCCAGCAGUUCACAUCAGUUGCUGUGAUACAGUUGAAGCUGUCAUCCGAUUGGUCGCCACUGCUCUGGUGGGCGUGGCCGCUGCAGCUGCUUCUGUUCUCCUGAUCAACGACAUCAGAUCUUCAAGAAGUUAACUAAUUACUUCAGCAUUUCAUUUCACCCUGCUUUUUUGUUCCCUUUUUAUUGUUACAGCAACCCCACAAAUACAAGAGUAAAAAUAUUUGUUACGGUUUUUAACGAAAGCUGAAAGUAUGAAAUACCUAUGAGUCGCAUGCUUUUAUUUUAAUUAAAGAGGCUUUAAUUGAACGUAAAACAGCUGUAAGCAACAUAUUUUAAAAAACGCGAAGACAAUAUGAAUGGACAAAUUUCAUAAACCUGUUCAUUUUGAAGACUUCUCUUCCUUUUUGUUUCUUUCACUUUAUUCUGCUCUUUUUCUCGUGAGAUUACACGGACAAAAAAGGGCUGGCUUGACUCGUAAUGAAUUCGAACUCGAUGAUAUCGGUUAUAACUUGGCCAGCUCCUCACAUCUUAUUUGCUGAGCCGUUGACAAGGUUUGAUAUAGCGCCACGUCGUCUAACUGGAAAAUGCUUUUGUGCGGCCAUGAGCGUGCUGAUCUUAAAAAACAGGUGUGUUCAGGUGCAUUGGUGGCGUUUUGCUGUUUUGAGGACCAUAGACCAAGUCAAACACAAAGCUUAUUACACACAGGGAUGCAAAGCAGCACACAACUAAAGGAUUGCAGUGCAAUCUUAAUAUCAUUAUUGAUGUGGCUCUUUAGUAGAUCACCUAGCAACCACACAGCACAUUUAUCACACACACACACACACACACACACACACACACACACACACACACACACACACACACACAUAUAUAUAGCAGUAAAUUAUCCAUGCAUAAUUGCAGCUUGUAAAAAAAUAUGCUUUUUUAAAUUUAAAUCUGUCACUUGUCUUUGUCCUUGAAAUGGACAGAUCACUGAAGCUCGUCACAAAAGCGAUAGACAUGUGGCAAGACGUGUGAAAACUAGUGUUCUGCUCAAACUAACUAUUUUCACUCCAUACGCGUACUCGCUUACAUCAGCAGAAAUAUUUGCACGGUUUUUCAUUUCCGGUGAGACAGUUUAACAGCACUCUUUCAGCAAAAAUAAAAAAAAAAGUGUCACAUCAAGUGUUAAAAUUGUUUUUAUGCUACAUACUGUCACGCGAG